AUGGCGGGUAGAAAUCUUGAAGCUGCAUUGAUUAUCUUCUUGCUCGUGACCCUGCCGUUGCGUGGUGAGAGUUCCAGAGUACCCCUGCUGCGCAGCCAGAUGAAGAUUAAUAAUCAGGCUGAACGUCGAGAGGGGAGGUUGGAGUUGCUGAGGAAAGAACUGUGGGGAACUUGGAGGAACAGGGUCAUGGCGGGAGAGGAUUACAAGAGAAUGGUACCCGGUGGUCCCGAUCCGCAGCAUCACUCGUCCCCCGAGGCGGCACACUAA